GACAGAGACACUGGGAAUCCGGGAGGUGGAGGCCAUUACAGAGAAGUUAGGGAACAAGAUCGACGUCAAAUAAGUAGUCCUAACCUACUUGUACCUGUAGCAGCUGUAGUGCCUGACGAUGCGUGCCCACCUGCUGUUCCACGUUUAGGAUCAACUGCGACGUCAUCUACUUCGAGUUCUAGUCGGCCCUAUCCUAGAAGUUCCUUUCUGGAGAAUACCACUUCGAACCUUGCUGUAGGUCGUAUUGAGAGAAUACGGGAGAUCAACUUCCCCAAGCAACAACAAGCUUUCAGGAGUAGAGAAGACAUAAUUGAUACAACGAGUAAGAGCAGCACGACGAGGACGAGGUGGUCGUCUCCUUUACCUGAUUCACCUC